AUGGCUUACUUGGAGAGAUCUCCUCGCGGUAUGAUGCUCACACGCGCCGGCGCUGUUCGACUACACCAGCCCCAUCGCACAAAAACAGGAACAGCAAACGCAGUAUCAACAACAACAUCGCACGACAACAGCAGCAGCACGCGCAGUAGCACGAUGCCAUCAGCAAAAGUUGCUGGGCAAUUUUUUGCGCGUAAGGGUCUGCGGAACGACCUGGGCGCCAACAACUGCUUCCUGAACGUGAUCAUUCAGAGCCUAUGGCACGUGCGAAGCUGUCGUGUGCUCAUAUCCAUGGGCGACCACGCCGUGCACCACCGCUGCGGCGGCAAACCCACGAACGCCAGCUCAAUGCGGACAGAGACCAUCACUCCUUGUCUUUUGUGCGAAUUGGAGCAGAUCUUUGUCAUGUACCAGUUCGCAGAGCAGCCCGUACUGGACGUAGACCGUGUACGACUCGCACUGGGCGAUACGUUCGCUCUCGGGGCUAUGAACGACGCCACAGAGACGCUUGAGACCAUCCUAGACGCUCUACACUACGACACAUUUAACCGGAUGCUGCUAUUGCGUCACAGAGGCUGCGCACAUAGUAGCGGCGUCCACAAGGUGGAGGAGAUGUCCGAAUCCGUACGGGAGGACGCGUCCGCCAUCAUCUGUGAGCCCCAGUGUGUGGCCCACCGACUGUUCCAAAUGAACCUCAUGGAGCUUAAAAUCUGUGCCUCUUGUGGCCACACCGCUGAACCUUUAAUGAAUACAGACUUCCUGUAUAGAGUAUACGCUCAAGAACUACUUAAUAGUGCACGCGCUGGAGGAGACAAGAAGCAUGUGACGCUAGAAGAAGUACUGCGAGCUGAAGCGCAGUCACAAGAAGUAGCUGGGACCUGUGACGAGUGCGAGAAAGGCAACCAACGAGCAUUAAGUCGGUGGAUCCUCACACUUCCGAUGGUGUUCUCCAUCAGUAUCAUUUGGUCCAGUAGUCACGUCAACAAGACGGAUAUUAAGGACUGGAUGCAGCUCUUAUCGACGCAACGUCAAGGCGACGAGGAGUCCCAGCAAGCUCUGGAUUUAGGACGGAUUUUCAGACUGGACAACUCAGCGGAAGUGGCUUCUGUGUACUCAUUCAGAGGACUCGUGUGCUACUAUGGUCGUCACUAUGUGGGGUUCUUCUCUAGUAGACUAAAUGAGGACGGAGUGGAGAAGGAACGCUGGUUCCUGUUUGACGAUACGCGUGUUAAACUUGUAGGCACGUGGGCGGAUGUGAAGCUACGUAUCGAACGCGGAGGAUACCAACCGACACUUUUGUUCUAUGAACGCAAUGGAAUUGAACAUGAAAAUCUUGAAAAGAUUGCGUCGGAGAUCCACAAAUGGUGGGAAGCGUCCGCCGAUGAACCGGAUGAGACCAAUAAUAACGAAAAAACAGAGAAAAAAGCUGCAGAAGCGGUGGUAAAGAACGGUAAAGGUGCGCCGCAUGAAGUGGAAUUUGGUCUGGAAGACGAGUUGCUAGCGAAGAUGGAACGAAGUGUCCGUAUCACGCAGGAACACCCACUCCCACCGUUAGUCCAAGCGGGUCCUACAGCAGUGCCCACAAGUCCGAUUUCGCUGCCUCCUCGCGCUCCAAAGUCGAUGCCUGUGAAGAAUGCAAAUGGAUGGCGUGAUGAGGAUAUCCAUCUGCAUAUUGCACACCAAUCAGCACAAGAUACACUGUCGCGAUUAAAUGGGAUCUUGUCGAAAGAUAAGGUUCCAGUCUCGACGCCAGUUGAUGGACGAGCGGUGCUACGUAUGGCCAUGUCCCAAUCCAUGCGGAACUCUGUGCGUCUACGUGAUUACUCGACUCAUCGUCCUACUGAGAAACAAAGGGAAGUGAACCCGGACAAGAUUUUCGAAGACGACACACCUGCGAUUACAGAGGAGCAAGACGCUACAGCUGAUAAAACAACAGAAGUCUCUCAAGCUCGGGUAAAGAUAUAUGACGUACGCCUCAAUGCAUCGGACGGAGGCAUCGGCUUGUUGCUGGAAGAGACUAGUGACGAUGAUUCGUCAUCGGACUUUAAAAAAGCGUUUAUUGUGUCGGGCUUCGAAGUUAACGGCGCAGGCGAGAAGCUACCAGCUGAAGCUAGCGGUGCGAUUCGCGAGGGAGAUAUUCUGGUCGGCAUCAAUGGUCAUAUGCUGGAGAAUGAAGAACUUGUGGACGUGUUGGAGAUGUUGCUCAUGUCGCCGAACCCAGUGCAGCUCAAGUUUUAUCGUUUCCAACCGUGGGCGUGUCCCCGCUGCACGCUGUUAAACAACAGCAUCGAUUCGGCUUGUGCUGCUUGUGGAAACGCCCCAGUAGUGCCAAGCUAG